AUGUUAGAAAUACAAUAAAAUACAAACUAAAAUUAAAGAGGGGAUCAAUAAUCUCCAUUAAACAAAGAGCCUCUCAAGGAAAUUAAUUAUGAUAUUGAAAUGCAAAAUAAAAAGGAUUAAACUACAAAGCAAGUAAAUAAUCCUAAUGUAGAUGAAGAAAAAUAAGAACUUAAAACUGUCACUUUUAUAUAAAUGUUGAGAUAUGCUAAUAAAACUGAUUGGGUUCUUAUGGUAAUAGGAAGUAUUGCUUCAAUGGCAAACGGUGUAGCCUUCCCUAUGUUUGCACUUAUUUUUGGGUAGAUGACAGAUUCUUUUGGCCCUAAUGCAACUGGUGAUGAUUUGGUUGAUGCUGCUGGUAAGCAAUCUUUAUACUUCUUCCUUAUUGGUGUUGGUAGCUUCAUAAUGAGUUGGAUUUAGCUUGGAUGUUGGAUGAUAUCAGGAGAAAGAUAAUCAAUUAAGUUUCGUUAGGAGUAUUUCAAAGCAAUUAUUAAUUAAGAAAUAGGGUGGUUUGAUUAAAUUAAUGCAAACGAACUAGCAAGUAAAAUAGCUACUGAAAGCUCAUAAAUAUAAGGUGCUCUUGGUGAAAAAGUCCCUACAUUUUUGAUGAGUAUUUGCAUGACUAUUGGUGGGUUUGCAGUUGGAUAUAUUAGAGGUUGGUAAAUGGCUUUAGUUACUACUGCUGCUCUACCUGUACUAAUUAUAGGUGCAAUUUCUUAUACUAUGGUUAUCUAAUAAUCUCAAAAGAAGAUAUCUGGAGCCUAUCAAACAUCUGGAGGUUUAGCAGAAUAAAGUUUAAAUUCUGUCAAGACAAUAAAAUCCUUAACAGGAGAGGAAUUUGAAUUGCAGUAAUACUCAAGAAGCUUAGUUUAAGCCUUUAAAAUCGCUUGCAAAUAUGGCGCUUACGCUGGAGCUGGCAUAGGGUUGACUCUUUUAACAAUGUUUUUGGACUAUGCUUUAAGUUUUUGGUAUGGCUCUAAGCUGAUUGCUGAUGGCACAGUUAAUGAUAUUGAAAAUCGUGUUUACACUUAGGGAGAUAUUUUUGUUAUAUUUUCAUCUAUAUUGAUUGGUGGCUUUUCAAUUGCAUAAGUUGGUCCUUGUCUGAAAAAUUUUGAAAUAGGAAAAUAAGCUGCAUAAAAAAUAUUUUAUGUUAUUGACAGAAAGCCACUUAUUUAAAUACCCUAAAACGCAAGCAAAAUAUCUAAUUUGUAAGGAAAGAUUUAAUUUAACUGUGUGGAAUUUAACUAUCCUGCCAAAAAAGACAUUCCUGUUCAUAGAAAAUUAAGCUUAACUAUCUAGCCAAAUAAAAAAACAGCUCUUGUUGGAGAAUCUGGGUGUGGUAAAUCCACUGUCAUGCAACUUCUCUUACGUUUUUAUGAUCCAGAUAAUGGUUCUGUAACAAUAGAUGGAUAAGACGUUAAAUCUCUUGAUUUCAGAUGGUUAAGAAAUCGUGUUGGGUAUGUUGGAUAAGAGCCAGUGCUAUUUGCUACAACAAUCCGUGAAAAUUUGAAAUUCGGUAAAGAAGAUGCAACAGAAGAAGAAAUGAUACAAGCACUUAAAUAAGCGAAUGCUUGGGAGUUUGUAUAGCUUUUAGAAAAUAAGUUGGACACUUAUGUUGGUAAUGCAGGUAGUUAAAUAUCAGGAGGGUAAAAAUAAAGAAUUUGUAUAGCUCGUGCUAUACUGAAAAACCCUUAAAUUCUUUUACUUGAUGAAGCAACUAGUGCUUUAGAUAGAAAAAAUGAAGCCAUGAUUUAGUAGACCUUAGAUGAAAUUUCUAAAGGAAGAACAACAAUAGUAAUAGCUCAUAGACUAUCUACUGUAAAAAAUGCUGAUGAAAUUUUGGUACUAGAUUAAGGUAAACUUGUAGAGUAAGGUACCUAUGAGCAAUUAAUAGAAUCACAUGGAAAAUUUGAGGCUUUAGCUAAAAAUCAAAUAUAAAAGGAGAUGGAGGAAAAAUAAGAAAAGAAAAAUAAAAAGGUUUUAAAUGAAAAAUCUCAUGAUGAAAACGAAAUUAUUAGAAAGUAAAGCAGUAGCCAUACUCAAAACAAUCAAAGAAAAUCCUCAAUUACGAGAAAAAUAUCUGAGAAUCAAUCUAAAGAGCAAGAAAUUUAAGAGGAAAAAGAAAAAAGAGAACUAAAGCUCAAACAAAAAAAGGAAGAUGAUUAACUUUUUAACAGGUUAUUCGAAAUGAAUAAGCCUGAAAGAAAGUAUUUUUAUGCUGGUAUGGUCUUUACUUUAGCAAAUGGUGUUUGCUUUCCAUUGAGUGGUUUGAUUCUUGGUGAAUUUAUUGAUGUCUUGGCCAAACCUGAUGCUAGUGAUUUUAGAUCAAAAGCAGGCUUGCUUUCAAUUUACUUUGUUAUAUUAGGUGCUAUUUCUCAAGUACUCUCAAUUUUCUAGCAUUCACUUUUUACAAGAGUUGGUGAAGGUUUAACUUUAAGAGUAAGAUAAGAAUUGCUUAAAAAGAUGCUUAAAAUGCCAGGAGGGUGGUUUGAUAAACCUGAAAAUAAUCCAGGUACUUUGAGUGCACGUUUAGCAUCUGAUGCUUAAUUAAUAAAUGGCCUAACAUCAAAUAUUAUUUCUGUUUAAAUUUCAAAUUUUUCAUCUUUGGUGACAGGUUUAGUAAUUGCAUUUGUUAUGUCAUGGAGAGUAGCAUUAGUGUCAGUAGCGGUGUGUCCCCUUAUAGUAAUUGCAGGCACCAUAUAAGCUAAGUAGGUAGAAGGAUUCAGCGAAGGUAGUGACAAAGCCUACAAAGAUUCUAGUAUGAUCAUUAUGGAGGCGGUAACAAAUAUCAGAACAGUUGCUUCUUUCUCAAAUGAAAAAAAGUUAUGCUUUUUCCUUUCUGAGACAUUAAAAAAGCCUUACAAAUUAUCUUUCAAAAAAGGGCACAUAUCUGGAAUAGCUUUUGGAUUUUCUUAAUUAGCAACCUUCUCUGUUUAUGCUAUUAUUUUUAUUUGUAGCGCAGUUUUCGUUAGAGAUUACGGAGUUACAGCUCGUGAAAUGUUUGUUUCUAUCUUUGCUAUAUUAAAUGCUGCUGCUGCAGUUGGAAAUAAUAACCAUUUUAUGGGAGAUGUUGGUGCAACUAAAGCUGCUUGCAGAGAAAUAUUUAAAAUCCUUGAUUCUGAUGAUGAAAUAUAAAUCUAGUAAAAGCAUCGUAAAAAUCUUAAAAUGGACGAUCAUCCCUUAGUUACAAAAAAAGUUUUUGGAGAAAUUGAAUUUAAAGAUGUUUCAUUCAAGUAUCCUACCAGAGAUGCUUAAAUAUUUAAAAAUUUAUCAUUUAAAAUACAUGCUGGAUAGAAAGUUGCAUUUGUUGGUCCAAGUGGAUCUGGUAAAUCUUCUAUAUUGUAGUUAUUGUUGAGAUUCUAUGACGACUAUGAAGGUUAAAUUUUGGUUGAUGGAGAAGAUAUUAGAAAUUAUGAUAUUAAAGAAUUUAGAAAAAAUUUUGGUGUUGUGAGCUAGGAGCCUAUUCUAUUUAAUGGCACAAUAGCUGAAAAUAUUAAAUACAACACUGCUGAUGUAACUAUGGAUGACAUCAGGGAAGCAGCUCAUAAAGCAAAUGCACUUUCAUUCAUAGAAACAGAUGAGAGUGAAGAACAAGAAUUAACUGAUAAAAAUGUUAAUUAGCAUAAAAGUGGUAGAGGGUUUGAUAAGAAAGUUGGGCUUAAGGGAAGUUAAAUUUCAGGAGGAUAAAAAUAAAGAAUUGCAAUAGCUAGAGCUGUGAUUAAAAAUCCUAACAUAAUGCUUCUAGAUGAAGCUACUAGUGCCCUCGAUUAUGAAAAUGAGAAAAUUGUUUAAGAAGCUUUAAAUAAAGUUAUGAAAGGAAAAACGAGUUUGUGUGUAGCUCACAGAUUAUCUACUAUAGCUGAUAGCGAUUAAAUCUUUGUAAUUGAAGGCGGUAAGCUUGUUGAAUAAGGAACCUAUGAACAACUUAUGUCCAAAAAAGAAUAUUUUUAUAGAUUAAAUGCAAAUUGA